ACCCUUUCGCUGGUGUUUUUGUUUUGGGAAUUCCACAACGUCGCAGUUGACAAUGAGCGAUAAUAACAGUUCGUCGGGAGUCAAAGAGGACGUAUUUAGCAUGGAGCACGACCAGGAUCUCAGCAGCAAGCACUACUCGCGAUGCAGCAGUGCGGGCAGCACUCACACGCCGAACUCCUCGGCCCACAAUUCAGACGACGACGACGAUAGCGGCGAUGCCCGCCACUCGACGGCGGCCAAUUCCACGCUGAGCUACAAGGAGCGCCGCAGGGAGGCGCACACCCAGGCGGAGCAGAAGCGGCGUGACGCCAUCAAGAAGGGAUACGACAGCCUGCAGGAGCUGGUGCCGCGCUGCCAGCCCAAUGACUCCUCCGGCUACAAGCUCAGCAAGGCGCUGAUCCUGCAGAAGUCAAUCGAGUACAUUGGCUACCUCAACCAGCAGAAGCUCAAGCAGGAGGACGAGGGAUCGGCGCUCCAAAAGGAGGUUACUGCCCUGCGGAUCAUCAAGAACGGCUACGAGAACAUGCUGCAGCAUCAGCAGGCGAAUCCGGGUCCGGAGGAGGCACGCCUCACCGAUGAGGCCAAGUUCCAAGUGUUUCAAGCCAUCAUGGAGGAAAUGUUCGAGACAUUUAAGCACAUACCCAUGGACAACUUUAAGCAGCUAACCACCGGGAUCAUCCCCUGGCUGGAGGAGCACUGCAAGCCGCACAUUCUACGCAGCAUCCUCAGUCGCACCAUGCAGCAGAUGGCGCAGGAGGCUUUGGAAAAGCAGCAGCUGCAGGCCAUGGAGCAGGAAACCGGCGACGGUUUUAGUUGAUCUCGCGGAUAGUUCAUCCCUCACUUCAUUCGUUAUUUUAGAAAUCCCCGUUUGGUAGAUACUUUCGGUUCGUUUACUGCGUACAAACAUUAAAUGCGUCAUUUGAAUAGUUGUAAAAA